GCUCGUUGAUGUUAUUUCGAAGCUUACCUCGGGGAUCCUCCUGACGGACAACUUCGAACCCCCGAAGAUCCCUGAAGCCUUAAGAAAAGCGGUGGACUUCCAUCCAGCGGUCGAGUGGCAAUGGCUGAGGAGCGCUGAUCAGCUAGCCGCCGCGUAUCCCCGCCUGGAGGGCGACGCGUUCCAUUUUGAGACGGCGCCCCAUCUUGCUGCUGCUCAUCACUUACCCUCUCCCGAGGAGAAGGAGUCUCCAGUAGAAGCAGAGUUGGACUUUCGGGUUGCUUCUUAUAACCCCGGCUCGCUCAAGGCCUCGGUCACCAAAAAGAACAAAAGGGCUAGGGCCACCGCGAGACGCGAGCUAUUCGUGGC